AACGUGGAGAAUGAUGGUAUGCUUUCUGAGUUAACAUGUUGAACUGUUUUGCUUUUCUAAAAAUUUUCGUAGUAACAUUUUCUUGAUGAUACGAGAGUGGAUAUCAACGCCUCACAGAAACAAGAGGUGGAACAUGUGAAUGAAUCGUCUUGGAACUAGAUUAUGAGCAUUGGUUCUUUUUAAAGGGAUGUGCAAGAGGCAGCCUUGGCAAGAAAACUUGCUGCAUAAUCUUACAUGGACUAAAGAUGAAACUUUAAACCGCAAAUCAGCUUCGAGUGAACUUUGACAGAAGAUGUUUCGACAGUUUUAUCUCUGGACAUGUUUAGCUUCAGGGACCAUCCUGGGCUCUCUCUUUGAAAUCUGCUUGGGACAGUAUGAUGAUGAUUGCAAACUAGCUAGGGGAGGACCCCCAGCUACCAUAGUUGCUAUUGACGAAGAGAGUCGGAAUGGUACAAUUCUGGUGGACAACAUGCUGAUCAAAGGGACUGCUGGAGGACCAGACCCCACCAUAGAACUUUCGUUAAAGGAUAAUGUGGAUUACUGGGUGUUGAUGGAUCCUGUUAAGCAAAUGCUUUUCCUGAACAGCACCGGGAGAGUUCUGGAUAGAGAUCCACCGAUGAACAUACACUCCAUUGUGGUGCAGGUCCAGUGCAUCAACAAAAAAGUGGGCACUAUUAUCUACCAUGAAGUGCGAAUAGUGGUGAGAGACAGGAAUGACAACUCACCCACUUUCAAGCAUGAAAGCUACUAUGCCACAGUGAAUGAGCUCACUCCAGUUGGUACCACAAUAUUUACAGGAUUUUCAGGAGACAAUGGAGCUACAGAUAUAGAUGAUGGACCAAAUGGACAGAUAGAGUAUAUUAUUCAGUAUAAUCCAGAUGAUCCGACAUCCAAUGACACCUUUGAAAUUCCCCUAAUGUUGACUGGAAAUAUAGUGUUAAGGAAGAGGCUCAACUAUGAAGAUAAGACUCGCUACUUUGUCAUAAUCCAAGCUAAUGACCGUGCCCAAAAUCUGAAUGAGAGGCGAACCACCACCACCACUCUCACAGUGGAUGUUCUGGAUGGAGAUGACUUGGGUCCAAUGUUUCUUCCUUGUGUCCUUGUGCCAAACACUCGUGAUUGCCGUCCACUCACUUAUCAAGCUGCCAUACCUGAGUUGAGAACUCCGGAAGAACUGAACCCCAUUAUUGUUACGCCACCAAUCCAAGCCAUUGAUCAGGACCGGAAUAUUCAACCGCCAUCAGAUAGGCCAGGAAUCCUCUAUUCCAUCCUUGUUGGGACUCCUGAGGAUUACCCACGAUUUUUCCAUAUGCAUCCUAGGACAGCAGAACUUAGUCUCCUGGAGCCAGUAAACAGAGACUUUCACCAGAAAUUUGAUUUGGUUAUUAAGGCUGAACAAGACAAUGGUCAUCCUCUUCCUGCCUUUGCCAGUCUACACAUUGAAAUACUGGAUGAAAACAAUCAAAGCCCAUAUUUUACAAUGCCCAGUUAUCAAGGCUAUAUCCUGGAAUCUGCCCCAGUGGGAACAACCAUUUCCGACAGUCUCAAUUUGACCUCACCUUUAAGAAUAGUAGCUCUGGACAAGGACAUAGAAGAUACAAAAGACCCAGAGCUUCACCUUUUUCUGAAUGACUACACCUCAGUCUUCACCGUCACACAGACUGGUAUUACUCGCUACCUCACCUUACUUCAACCAGUGGACAGGGAAGAACAGCAAACUUACACCUUUUCGAUAACAGCAUUUGAUGGUGUACAAGAAAGUGAGCCAGUCAUCGUCAAUAUUCAAGUGAUGGAUGCAAAUGAUAACACGCCAACCUUCCCUGAAAUAUCCUAUGAUGUGUAUGUUUAUACAGACAUGAGACCUGGGGACAAUGUCAUACAGCUCACUGCAGUCGACGCAGACGAAGGGUCAAAUGGGGAGAUCACAUAUGAAAUCCUUGUUGGGGCUCAGGGAGACUUCAUCAUCAAUAAAACAACAGGGCUUAUCACCAUCGCUCCGGGGGUGGAAAUGAUAGUCGGGCGGACUUACGCACUCACAGUCCAAGCAGCGGAUAAUGCUCCUCCUGCAGAGCGAAGGCACUCCAUCUGCACUGUGUACAUUGAAGUGCUUCCACCAAAUAAUCAAAGCCCUCCUCGCUUCCCACAGCUGAUGUAUGGCCUUGAAAUUAGUGAAGCCAUGAGGGUUGGUGCUGUUUUAUUAAAUCUACAGGCAACUGAUCGAGAGGGAGAUGCAAUAACAUAUGCCAUUGAGAAUGGAGAUCCUCAGAGAGUUUUUAAUCUUUCAGAAACCACGGGGAUUCUAACCUUAGGGAAAGCACUGGACAGGGAAAGCACUGAUCGCUACAUUCUGAUCAUCACAGCUUCAGAUGGCAGGCCAGAUGGGACCUCAACUGCCACAGUAAACAUAGUGGUGACAGAUGUCAAUGACAAUGCUCCAGUGUUUGAUCCUUAUCUGCCAAGAAAUUUAUCUGUGGUGGAAGAAGAAGCCAAUGCCUUUGUGGGUCAAGUAAAAGCAACAGACCCUGAUGCUGGAAUAAAUGGUCAAGUGCACUACAGUUUGGGUAACUUUAAUAAUCUUUUUCGUAUCACAUCCAAUGGGAGUAUUUACACAGCAGUGAAGCUUAACAGAGAAGUCAGGGACUACUAUGAACUUGUUGUUGUGGCAACAGAUGGAGCAGUACACCCUCGUCAUUCAACUCUAACCCUGGCCAUCAAGGUUUUGGACAUUGAUGAUAACAGUCCUGUGUUCACCAAUUCAACAUACACUGUCCUUGUUGAAGAGAAUUUGCCAGCUGGGACCACUAUCCUUCAAAUAGAGGCCAAAGAUGUCGACCUUGGAGCAAAUGUGUCUUACCGGAUAAGAAGCCCAGAAGUGAAGCGCUUUUUUGCACUACAUCCAUUUACAGGAGAACUAUCGCUUUUAAGGAGUUUAGAUUAUGAGGCAUUUCCAGACCAAGAAGCAAGUAUCACUUUUCUGGUAGAGGCCUUUGAUAUUUAUGGAACAAUGCCACCUGGUAUUGCUACUGUCACAGUGAUUGUAAAGGAUAUGAAUGAUUAUCCUCCUGUCUUUAGUAAACGAAUAUACAAAGGGAUGGUGGCUCCAGAUGCAGUCAAGGGUACACCUAUCACAACAGUUUAUGCUGAAGAUGCAGACCUUCCUGGAUUACCUGCAAGUCGUGUGAGGUAUAGAGUAGAUGAUGUCCAGUUUCCUUACCCUGCCAGUAUUUUUGAUGUGGAAGAAGAUUCUGGAAGAGUAAUAACACGAGUCAAUCUUAAUGAAGAACCUACAACAAUUUUUAAGUUGGUGGUGGUUGCUUUUGAUGAUGGGGAGCCUGUGAUGUCCAGCAGUGCCACAGUGAAGAUUCUUGUCUUACAUCCUGGUGAGAUCCCACGCUUCACACAGGAGGAAUAUAGACCUCCUCCAGUAAGUGAACUUGCCACCAAAGGGACCAUGGUUGGUGUAAUUUCUGCUGCUGCCAUUAAUCAAAGUAUCGUGUACUCCAUUGUUUCAGGAAAUGAAGAAGAUACAUUUGGAAUUAAUAAUGUCACAGGUGUUAUCUAUGUGAAUGGACCUCUGGAUUAUGAGACCAGGACAAGCUAUGUACUUCGAGUCCAAGCUGAUUCCCUGGAAGUGGUCCUUGCCAAUCUCCGAGUUCCUUCAAAAAGCAAUACAGCUAAAGUAUACAUUGAGAUUCAGGAUGAAAAUAAUCAUCCCCCAGUGUUUCAGAAAAAAUUCUACAUCGGAGGUGUAUCUGAAGAUGCAAGAAUGUUUACUUCUGUACUCAGAGUGAAGGCUACUGAUAAAGAUACUGGCAAUUACAGUGUCAUGGCCUACAGACUCAUAAUACCACCAAUUAAAGAGGGGAAAGAAGGGUUUGUAGUGGAAACAUAUACAGGGCUUAUCAAAACUGCUAUGCUCUUCCAUAAUAUGAGGAGAUCCUACUUCAAGUUUCAAGUUAUUGCAACUGACGACUAUGGGAAGGGACUGAGUGGCAAAGCCGAUGUACUCGUCUCUGUGGUCAAUCAGCUGGAUAUGCAAGUCAUUGUUUCCAAUGUGCCUCCUACUCUAGUGGAAAAAAAGAUAGAAGAUCUUACAGAGAUCUUGGAUCGCUAUGUUCAGGAACAAAUUCCUGGUGCCAAGGUUGUAGUGGAGUCCAUUGGAGCUCGCCGGCAUGGAGAUGCCUUUUCCCUAGAAGAUUACACCAAAUGUGACUUGACUGUCUAUGCAAUUGACCCCCAAACCAACAGAGCCAUCGAUAGAAAUGAGCUUUUUAAAUUUUUGGAUGGCAAACUGCUUGAUAUCAAUAAAGACUUUCAGCCGUAUUAUGGGGAAGGAGGACGCAUUCUGGAGAUCCGGACUCCAGAGGCAGUGACCAGCAUUAAAAAGAGAGGAGAAAGUCUAGGAUACACAGAAGGGGCCUUGUUGGCUCUGGCCUUCAUCAUCAUCCUCUGCUGCAUUCCUGCCAUCUUGGUGGUUUUGGUCAGCUACAGACAACGUCAAGCUGAGUGCAUAAAGACUGCACGAAUUCAGGCCGCAUUACCCGCAGCUAAACCAGCAGCGCCGGCCCCUGCACCAGUGGUAGCGCCCCCGCCGCCGCCACCGCCUCCACCAGGUGCGCAUCUCUAUGAAGAACUUGGAGACAGCUCAAUGUAUGAAAUGCCUCAAUAUGGGAGUCGCCGUCGAUUGUUACCACCAGCUGGACAGGAGGAAUAUGGUGAGGUGGUUGGUGAAGCUGAGGAAGAAUAUGAGGAGGAAGAGUGGGCAAGAAAAAGAAUGAUCAAGUUAGUUGUUGAUCGAGAGUAUGGAACCAGCUCAACUGGAGAAGACAGUGCUCCUGAAUGUCAGAGAAACCGUCUUCACCAUCCUAGUAUCCACAGUAAUAUCAACGGCAAUAUAUAUAUUGCACAGAAUGGUUCUGUGGUGAGAACCCGCCGUGCCUGCCUCACAGACAGCUUAAAAGUUGCUUCCCCUGUUCGACUGGGAAGGCACUUUAAGAAACUAGACAAGUUGGCAGUGACACAUGAGGAGAAUGUGCCUCUGAACACAUUAUCAAAGGGGCCAUUUUCUACUGAGAAAAUGAAUGCAAGACCAACUCUGGUUACAUUUGCCCCUUGCCCUGUGGGGACUGACAAUACAGCGGUGAAGCCACUAGGGAACAGGCUGAAAAGCACAGUUGAACAGGAGUCCAUGAUUGACAGUAAGAACAUCAAGGAGGCUUUGGAAUUUCAUAGUGACCACACACAGUCCGAUGAUGAAGAGCUUUGGAUGGGCCCCUGGAACAACCUCCAUAUACCAAUGACAAAACUGUGACCAAUUUUUUAAAAGAUAUUUUAAUUUUUACUUCCGUUUUUAAUAAACUGUGCUUUUUAUUGUCACUGAGAAAACAAUGUAUGGAAUUUAUAUCAUGCACACAAGCUAAAACUUUGAACAAUACGCUUUAAAAUUUUAAGAGACAGAUUCGCACUCACAUUGUUAUCAAUUAAUCGUUUUUCCCAGAAAAUCCUUUUGGACAUACUUUCACUAAAUAACCUAUUGUUUGUUUAAACAUUUAGCUGUUUUGUUGGGUCUUGAAUUUUUGUUCGUUUUAAUAAACAAGAAAUAAUUACUAAGUAAUCAUUUAUAUUUUAUUGAUUAACAUAGAUUAUGCUUUAUUUCUAGCUCCACAAAACCUUUUUAGUACAUGUAAUUUUAUUUUCCAUAGCCAAAAGGGCAAAAAAUAAG